GGAGGUCAGUCUGCCUUGCGUUUUGCUCGUUUGAGGAUGGAGAAACGACACAACUACGUGAGGAAGGUAGCGGAGACAGCUGUGCAGCUCUUCAUUUCUGGAGACAAGGUGAACGUGGCCGGUCUCGUUUUAGCUGGAUCGGCUGACUUCAAAACUGAAUUAAGUCAAUCCGACAUGUUUGAUCAGCGGUUGCAAUCCAAAGUGCUCAAACUAGUUGACAUUUCAUACGGAGGAGAAAAUGGAUUCAAUCAAGCAAUUGAGUUGUCAACUGAGGUCCUCUCCAAUGUGAAAUUCAUUCAAGAGAAGAAACUAAUAGGACGAUACUUCGACGAAAUCAGUCAGGACACGGGGAAGUACUGUUUUGGCGUUGAAGAUACAUUAAAAGCUUUGGAAAUGGGAGCAGUAGAGAUACUGAUAGUCUAUGAAAAUCUGGAUAUCAUGAGAUACGUUCUGCACUGCCAAGGCACGGAGGAGGAGAAGAUCCUGUAUUUGACACCAGAGCAAGAGAAGGAUAAAUCCCACUUCACAGAUAAAGAGACUGGCCAGGAACACGAACUGAUAGAAAGUAUGCCCCUUCUGGAGUGGUUUGCAAACAACUACAAGAAAUUCGGAGCAACAUUGGAAAUUGUUACAGACAAAUCACAGGAAGGAUCCCAAUUUGUGAAAGGAUUUGGAGGAAUCGGAGGUAUCUUGCGGUACCGAGUGGACUUCCAGGGAAUGGAAUACCAAGGAGGAGACGAUGAAUUUUUUGACCUUGAUGACUACUAGGUAGUCGACCUGGGUCCGGCAAAACGUGCCUCGCCCCUCCAGCAUCCAACCCAAGGAGCAAAACUCAUGGUGGAAAAAAAACACAACAGAUCCCUGCCUUAGAAUUGGAACAUUUCCAGAACUUGAUCCACGAGCAUUGGAUUUAAAAAAAAAAAGAAAAAAAAGGCAAAACCCUACACUUUGAUUUGUCAUAGUGUCAGUACAGCAGCAAACUUACUAAGUUCCUAUAUGCCACUUGGGACUAAUUUAAAAAAGAAUCCCAGUUUUUACUUUUACUCAAUGGUGAAAUUGGUUGCUCUUGUAUUUUAUGAAAAUGAUUUUUUUAACCUUCAUGAUACAUUAACUGCUGUAAACCUCUUCCUUCCCAAAUUAAUAGAAGUAAGAUCCUACUGGUUUCUUUUUACUUUUGAUUGGAGAAAUCAAUUGCUGCCUUUUGCAGCCCCCUGACCCAUUUACAUGGCAUUCUCAGCUUAGACUGCAGAAGAAGAAAACCGAAAUGAAAUCGGAGCCGGUCGUUCUCUUCCAAAGAAUGAGGAGGCCCUUUAUAUACCCAGAGUGCUGGCUUAUAAAUGUGUGGCUUUGCAAAUUCAGGUGGUUUUGGGGGAGGCUCACGGGCCAAACGGGCUUUAAUGUGUUUGCAGACGCAGCGCUGCUCGUACAAAGUAGGAACCGCGCUUCCUCGGUCGCAACGAAAACGCUGCUGAAGUCUUGGGCUUAAUUUGGAUUUGAGCAGUGCAGCCUUUCAGGAUUUAUUAUUAAUUAAUUUUUUUUUUUCAGUCUUGACAAAAAAUAAACAUGCGAUUUAAGUGAAGUAAGGUACACUUUGCUUUGUUCUGUUCCUCAGAAAAAAUUUUUGGUCGGGUUUGUUGGUUUUUUUUGUUGGUUUUUUUUUUUGGCUUUAGGACUGCGUAAGGUUUCCUUGAUUAUGUGAAUUUGAACCCACAGCUCUUUAAUGGAAGCGGGUAUUUUACAGGGCUAAUUAGUGAGGAGAGUCCUUAAUGGGAGCCUUAGUGCUGGUGCAUUUGGAGCUUUUCCUCCCCAUCCGUUGAGCUUUAGCAGGACCCAGUGGGGCCAUCCAUGUCCCAGCACUAAGGUGUUCUGCUCCCUUGGCCCACAAGUGUCCCGUGAAGCUGAUGCUGAACUUUGUUGCGCCCUUAAUGGGUUCAAACUUCUGCUUGAAGUUGCAUCAAGACUGGAGGAAGCUUAUUUUUUUUGUCCUGCCUGCUCUGUGGAGCGUUUCAACCGGCUACAAGUGGCGAAGGGAGGGUUUUUCAGACAGUCCCUCAGGCAGAGGGGGAGGUGGACCUUGGCACGAGAUAAUGCACAGGUAUUUGCUUUAUUUUUUUGGGUGUUACUGGGUUCCCCAACAUCAUGGUGCCCCAGGGGCUCUGUCCUUGGCUGGCUCUGGUGCAUCCCUCAAAAAGCAGCUUCUUUUCCAAGCUACGUACCUGCCUAUUUUUUUGUUGUUGUUUAAUUUUUAAUUUUUUCCGAUAAUCCUGUUUCACUUGAAUUGAGGGGGAGCUUGUCUUAAAUCUUCUGCCACGCUGUUCUUUGAGGUCCAAAAUUCCUGUCCUUGUGAGCAAUAGAGUUUGUCACCCCAGUUUCCAGCCCUGCAGAGGGCUUUGCUGGCCAUUUCCCAUCUCUCACAGAAGGUGUGACUGGGUGUGCUGUAGAUUGGUGCAAAAACCCAGCUCUGAGCACAUUUGCGGGUCUUCACAGCGGUAUGUUCUGGAUGUUGCCAUUGUAAAUGGGUCUAAUGUGACAUGACAAGACCAGAAAAAUUGGAUGUAAAUUUACUUUUUUUUUUUUUUUUUUUUGGAAUAUACUGCUUGUUGUUUCACAUGAUACAUUAGGGUAUGCAGCUCCUUUUUUUUUUGUAGUUUUUAUUUUUACUAUUUAAGUUUGGAAAUGAUGCCAAAUUUUUUUGUAUUUCUUUAAUCAAUGUGUUCUCUUCAGUGAUAUAUAUUGCAUUAUAUAUUGAUGUGUAUAUCAAUAUAUACUGAUAUGUAUUACACUUACACAUACAAACACGUUAAAACGGGGGUGAAAAAUCCUAGCCUUCGCAUACUAUUAUAGCCUCUGCAGAGAGAUCCCAAGCAGUGAUAUCUUGGUGUUGUGAUGUACAGAAAUGGAGAAGAGUAUUAAACCAUAUUUAAGAAUAUA